CCUAUGUGUCCUCCACACACCAAAUGGCACCGCCCAGUCCCAACACCAGCAGCAGCACAGGUAGUGUGGGAGGCGGUGAACAGCUGAGCAAAACUAACCUUUACAUUCGUGCCUUGCAUCCAGGAACCACUGACCAAGACCUGGUCAAACUCUGCCAACCUGUUCUCUGGCGUCUCGGACCUCCGCUCUCAUCACCUCCCGGCAUCUCCUCACAAGGGAUCACCACAGUCGUUCGGAUUCUGCCAGCGGGUCGAGGCCCCUCCCCGCUGAGCGUCCGAUAUGGGAAGAUUGUGUCUACUAAGGCAAUUUUAGACAAAACUACCAACAAAUGCAAAGGUUACGGCUUUGUGGAUUUCGACAGUCCUACGGCAGCACAGAAGGCUGUGACAGCACUUAAAGCCAGUGGAGUCCAAGCUCAAAUGGCCAAGCAACAGGAACAGGACCCUACAAACCUGUACAUCUCCAACCUGCCAGUGUCCAUGGAUGAAGAGGAGCUGGAGGCCAUGCUCAAAUCCUUCGGUCAGGUUAUAUCCACACGCAUCUUACGGGAUGCUAAUGGCAGCAGUCGGGGUGUGGGCUUUGCAAGGAUGGAAUCCACAGAGAAAUGUGAAGCCAUCAUUCAGCAUUUUAAUGGCAAAUACAUCAAAACCCCACCAGGAGUGCCAGUUCCCAUAGAGCCUCUGCUGUGUAAGUUUGCUGAUGGAGGGCAGAAAAAGCGACAGCAUCAAGCAAAGUACUUGCACAACGGUCGUCUGUGGCCUAGAGAAGGUGAUACGGGAGGAAUGACACUCACAUACGACCCAACAGGAUUACAAAAUGGGUUUUUUUCUCAGCCGUACAGCAUUGGCCCAAACAGAAUGAUCGCCCAGACCUCUCUGUCUCCAUACAUGACCUCACAAGUCCCGUCCUAUCAGGUGCACAGCCCCUCCUGGAUGCACCAUCAGUCAUACCUCAUGCAGCCCACUGGGACAGUUCUGACACCAGCAAUGGAUCACCCCAUGUCCAUUCAGCCCACAUCUAUGCUCGGACCCCUGACCCAGCAGAUCAGCCAUCUGUCACUUGGCAGUGCUGGCACGUAUAUGAACACGGCUAUGCAAGGGACGUACAUCCCACAGUACACCCAUGUGCCUCCCUCUAGUGUAACAGUAGAGGAAACCAGUGGACAACAGCAGCCCCUGGAGACGUCUACGGAACACACAAGUUACUCCUAUCAACACAGCAAAUGAAGCUAAUAGUCUCUGUCCUCUGGAGGUGUCAGCGAGUGCUGUGGACAAAGGAAAUCUCAAAGAGAUUCACAAAUUACCACAGACAAAGAGUACCAGACGGGACACUGGUCACGAAAGGAGCAUUUUUGUUUUUCUAAAAACAGUAAUAAAAAGACAUCCCCGUUUAACUCCUCUCUCUUCAGGAGUCAUUCAACCAAAGGUGGGAGACUGCAUGAAAGGGCUGCCUGUCUUUAAUCUAUUUUGAUAACAAAGAAAAAAAAAACAUAAAAACAGACAAGGUAAGGAAAAACACAAUGUGUUCUUAUUUGCACACAACAUGGCAAAUUCUCCUUUUUUAAGAGACAAAAAUCAAAUUCACAGUGUCUUUUAUUGUAGUAAAAUAUGCAGCUUUUCUUUUUUUGUCUUCAGUCAGCAGCAAUGAGAUAUUUUUGUACAGGUUGAGAUGCGAACAAUUUUUUUUGUUUAUUUUUUAUUUGUUCUUUGAUAUUUCGCUGUUAGUAGAAGAAACCAUUUAAAGCCACUUCUGUAAAUAUCUGUAGAGAAAUAGUGAAGAAAUCAAGUCAAUCACAGUGUCUCCUAGAGCAACAUCAUUAACUUAAAGGUCCAGUCAGUGAAAUGUAACGGCUCGCUCCACCAUUUCCCCCCCUUUCGAAACACUGCUGACAACAUGGCGAAUUACAUGCAAGGGGACCCACGGUGUAUGUAGAUAGAAAUAGCUCAUUCUAAGGUAAUAAAAUCACAACGCUUCAUUGUGUAAGCUCUUUGAACACCUCUGAAGACAUAGUAAUGUAUAUUAUAUUGCAUUUCUGCCAAUAGAUCCUCCAAAAAAUGACACACUGGACCUUUAAAAUGGGCAAGUUUUGCAUACAAGUCAGUAGUUUUGUUUUAGCAAAAGAUAUGUUCAGGUUAUCAGAUUGUUUUCAAUGUAGCUACGCUAUUUAGGUUUAUUAAUCGAUUUUAAAUAAGGAAUCACGUUUUAUUGGUCAUCUGUAAAACAUAUUAGGAAUAAUUAUUAGUAUUUUGUAAUAUCUUACAAGGCACAUUUUAAAAAUAAGGUAGCGUGGGCAUCGCUUCCCAGAUUUUCCAUCAGAUGUAAUCUAACUAGGUGGUUCAUAAAAACAUUUGGACUUUAUAUUUAAUUACCUCAAGAUAGCAUCAGCUUGCUAGUUAGCUAGCUAGCCAGUUAGCAUUAAAUAACAUUUUUUAAAUAGGCAGAGUUUAUAAUUGUUUUCUUUUGUCAUUGUCACUGAAAACUGGGAUACUAUUCUAGACACAUGUACAUUUUGUUUCACUGAAAAAAUUGCAAAGUGCUUUUUGCAAGUGUUUUGCCCCACUCUACCCUAACACUUAUCAUUAAAACUAUAGGGAAAAAUGUAGACAAAUUAAAUUUGAAAGUUUGAAGAUCUUUUAUUUUAUAAUUAUAUUUUCAUAUCUUCCCUUGAUAUAUAAAUAGAUAUGCAAAAUAUAUAAUUGUUUUGUAUUUGAGCUAAUCUUUUUGUUUUCCUUUUGGUGUAACAUAUCAUGUCACCAAAAAAAAAUCUGAUUUUUGCAUUUAAAUGCAAAUUCUGACAUAAAGAGGCAUUCCCUUUACUUACAGGAUACUGGUCUAGAUGAAGUGACUUUAAGUGGUUUUAAGUUCUUUUAGUAUCCCAAAUAUUUUAUAGAACUAAUGAUAAUAUAUUGACCUGAUGAGGCCUCAUACGUGUACUCUUAAAAAAAAGUGCAAAAGUGUGUGUUAUUAUGUGUUUUUUAUCUCAUUUUGUGUUGAUUUUGUGUGAAAAAAAUGAAAGGGGCGACACAAGUUGUGUUAAAAGUCCCAGAAAAAAACACUGUUGAGGACAACACACAAAAUGUGUUGUUUUAACACAACCGUUUUGAGGGUGUAACAAUGUCAUGAAGCUGCAGUUUUCCAUCAUGUUGUUUAGGUAUAGAGUUUGGUUGUAAGAAACACUCAUCCUCUGACAGACAUUGUCACAUGACUGAACUGGAUAGAGUAGGAAAAAUGAAAAACAAUUAAUUUCACAUGAGAACAACAAUGUCCAUUUCUGUGGAUAAACAGAGACUGGUAAACAUAAUCAUUUUGUUACUGUAAAUCUUGAAGUUAGUCAACAUUUAACGUUGAACUAAUAAUAAUAUAGUUAUCUCCAUGUCCUCAAGUCAUUCAAGAAAUAAAUAAGUGCGAUAUGUUUGCGAGGAAUUUUAAUUUGAGAAAAUGAAUCUAAGAAGAUGGUUACAAAUUGUUAAGCUUCCAUCUGCACACCAGCAGAGAUUUCUAAAAGUUUAAUCAUUUAAGCACUUCAGGAAUAUUUUUGUAGUUUUUAAACAUAUAUAAG